GCGAGCCGGGGUCGAGGAUCUCCGUUAAUGGUGUUCUAAAUCCGGGUUUUUGUCGCGUGUUAAAGGCUGGAUUUAAUGCUCUGGCGUAUCCCGGCGGUUGCCUAGUAACGCGCUGGCAGUGGGCGCCGUGCAGAGAUCUCUAUGGUGGGCGCUCCAUUAAAACCAUCGGCGCUCCUGACCUUGGCGUCGUGAAUGCGCAAAGCACACGGACUGCGUGUGCAGAGCGGCAGAGAUGCGUCAAGAUCCGCGGGUUUGACGCCGAAACCGCGCGUCGUGUCGUGUGUUUUUUUGGACCACACGGUGCGUUUCAGUGAGAGGAGCGGCGACGGUGAUGGAGGAGAUGUGGAGCCGGAGAGAUGGAGAAGCAGUGAAAGCAGGUCUGUGUGCUCUGCAAUGAAAAUCGGAGGAGGGGGCGGUCCAUACCUGGCUGAGGUGCUUUGGGAUUUGACAACAAUCGUAGCCGAGGGCCAAGUGAGUGAUGUGUGCGUGAGCGGGUCAGGGCAUCGAGGCUGAGCAGACGUUACCUUUUGUGCUGUUUGAGGACACCUUCUUGGCCAGACCAUGUGGCUGGCUACACCUCGAGACCAUCUGCUGCCUGCACACCUGCUACACCAGCGACAGACUGUCACGAUCACCCACUGUGCUCUUCUUUGGUGGAUACUAUGCUCCUGCUGGUCCAUCACCAAGGCAACAAGCCAAAAGUUCUACCCCACUGUGACCACACAGUUUGGAAAGCUGCGUGGCCUCAGAGUGCCAGUGCCCAGUGAGGUCCUAAGGCCGGUCGACCAAUAUUUGGGCGUCCCCUAUGCUGCUCCACCGGUGGGAGAGAAGCGCUUCAUGCCGCCUGAUCAGCCGGCCUCUUGGUCCGGUGUGAGGAACGCCACCCACUUCAUGCCCGUGUGUCCCCAAAACAUCCACAACACAGCCCCUGAGAUAAUGAUGCCCAUAUGGUUCACCUAUAACCUGGACACCGUGGCUUCGUUCAUCCAAGACCAGAGCGAAGACUGCCUGUACCUGAACAUCUACACACCUACAGAUGAUGCGAGCCUCAACAAGAAGAAGGGGGCGUCGUUCCCGCACGCUGAGAUUCACAUAUCAGAAGAUAUUCGCGACUCUGAGGCUCGGCCAGUGAUGGUGUACAUCCACGGAGGGUCCUACAUGGAGGGAACUGGUAACAUGAUGGAUGGAAGUGUGCUCGCCAGCUAUGGGAACGUCGUCGUCGUCACGCUCAACUACCGGAUCGGAAUAUUAGGCUUCCUGAGCACUGGAGAUCAGGCCGCCAAAGGGAACUACGGACUCCUGGACCAGAUUCAAGCGCUGCGCUGGAUCAGUAAGAACAUCGGCUACUUCGGAGGAGACCCGGGGCGCAUCACUGUCUUCGGAUCGGGAAUCGGAGCCUCGUGCGUCAGUCUGCUCACGCUGUCGCACCACUCGGAGGGCCUGUUCCACCGAGCAAUCAUCCAGAGCGGCUCUGCCUUGUCCAGUUGGGCGGUGAACUACCAGCCAGUGAAAUACACUCGCAUGCUCGCUGAGAGAGUUGGCUGCAACGUGCUGGACACCGUGGACAUGGUCUCCUGUCUGCAGAAGAAGAGUGCCAAGGAGCUGGUGGAGCAAGACAUCCAGCCGGCCCAGUACAGGGUUGCCUUUGGGCCCGUCAUUGACGGAGACGUGAUCCCGGACGACCCUGAGAUCCUCAUGGAACAGGGGGAGUUCUUGAAUUAUGACAUAAUGCUCGGUGUGAAUCAAGGUGAAGGCCUGCGCUUUGUGGAGAACGUGAUGGACCUGGAGGACGGGGUCUCUGGCAGCGACUUUGACUUUGUGGUGUCUGACUUCGUGGACAGCCUGUACGGCUACCCGGAGGGAAAGGACACGCUGAGGGAGACCAUUAAAUUCAUGUACACCGACUGGGCCGACAAGGACAACCCCGAGACCAGGAGGAAGACCUUGGUGGCGCUGUUCACCGACCACCAAUGGGUUGAGCCUUCAGUCGUGACCGCUGACCUUCACGCCCGCUACGGGUCUCCCACGUAUUUCUACGCCUUCUACCACCACUGCCAGAGCCUCAUGAAGCCCGUGUGGUCUGACUCAGCGCACGGAGACGAGGUCCCGUACGUGUUUGGCAUCCCCAUGGUGGGUCCGACAGAGCUGUUUCCCUGCAACUUCUCCAGGAACGACAUCAUGCUGAGCGCUGUCGUGAUGACCUAUUGGACCAACUUUGCCAAAAGCGGGGAUCCAAACAAGCCGGUGCCGCAGGACACCAAGUUCAUCCACACCAAGGCCAACCGCUUCGAGGAGGUGGCCUGGUCCAAGUACGACCCCUACGACCAGCUGUACCUCCACAUUGGCCUGAAGCCACGCAUCCGUGAUCAUUACCGAGCAACCAAGGUGGCCUUCUGGAAACACCUGGUUCCGCAUCUCUAUAACCUCCACGACAUGUUCCAUUACUCAUCCACCACCACCAAGGUCACACCACUGGAUCCCACCCAGUCCUACGGCAAGAGGGCUGGCAGCACCAGCCGGCCCCCCAUGUCCAACUCCCCCAACAACGAAGAUGGCGGGAGAGAAAUGGGUCCGUUGAUCAUGCCAAACCCCAGAGAUUACUCCACAGAGCUCAGCGUCACCAUUGCUGUAGGGGCGUCUCUGCUGUUCCUCAACGUGUUGGCCUUCGCCGCCCUCUACUACCGGAAAGACAAGCGCAGUCGCCAGGACACGUCGCAGCAGCCCAGUCCCCAGCGGGACAGCAAAGGCAACAACGUGAGCCACACCAACACCGUGGACGAGACCGUGUCUUCUCAGCAAAGGAACCAAUGCGAAGCCCUCCACAACCCUCUUCACGUCUCCCCCAGCUUGGACUACUCACUAAGCCAGCGGCGUUCUCCCGAUGACAUCCCUCUCAUGACCCCCAACAACAUCACCAUGAUCCCAAACUCCUUAAUGGGGCUCUCCAACAUGAGUCCUUACAGCACCUUCCCGGCUGGCUACAGCUCCACUGGCCUGCCCAGCACCCACUCCACCACGCGGGUAUAACUUGUGUCAGCGCCAAUGGAGAAAAACCAGAGACAUCCUUAAAAUAGGGAAAUGUAAAGCUGUAUGUAGGACGUGUUGGUGAAAUAGGGUCGAAAAUGUUCGUGUACAACCGCCAUAUCAUCCUGCCUUCGCUCUCUCAUCAUAGAACGUCCUAACUGCGGAGUCAUUUUAUAAUAACCACUUUCAAAAGCAGUCCAGAAAAAGAGUGCAUUUCAUUUUCCACUGCGGCUUUUUUGGAUCCUUAUCUAGCAGGAACUAAGUAUAAUAUUUAUACAGUUGGAUUUGUAUGGGAAGCUUUUUCUUACUCUGUGAUAUCUAUUUUGAUCUAAUGGAACAAAGUGAUGUUACAACUUGCCGCGGACACAGAAGGAGAAGCUGAAUAGCAGUAUUACGAUUAUCAAGCUGUUUUAUACAUAUUUCUCAUAUUACAUUGCUUAAUAUCGAAGAUGUAUUUUCACUGUAAUUAUUUUAAACGCCUUCUAACUUUUUUGAGAUAAAACUGUUUCUGGAUCGAAUGUGAAAGUAUCCAGGUCAUGUAAAAAAAAAAGACCUCGAGGCUCUCGUCCUUGUCUGUUGGCCGGCGAGACAGGGAGCAAAUAAAUGGGCCUGAUUUACUAAAAUAUCAUUCAAUCUUCCAUCUGCCAGUUAAAACCCCCAUGAAGGUAAGUGCUCUCUAAAGAAGCUAAAAAAGUCUCCUUGUAUUUUCAGUAUUAUACUAGUGGCUCCCAUCACAGCAUAUUCCACGAUUGUUGAUCUAAUAUUUAGGAAGGACUACAAGCUUGUCUUGUCAUGUGCUGUACAUGUACUUUAUGAGGAGAAUACUGCAGUACUCGAGUCUUGCUCUGCAGGGGGUUGUAAAGUUUCACAAUUGUGUCAACCCGGUGUCAAGCCAGCCGUUGUGAGCUAUGAACAAAGACUCUUACUCGUGGGGAACAGUGAAAAGGAAAACACACUUUAGCUUGAACAUUUAUGUUCCGCCAAAACACAACUAUCCUCCACAACAAAAGACAAGAAACCUCUUGAUCGCGUUGUGUCGUGGGUGGCGUUCAGAGGAGUGACGUGUUGCUUCCUGACGCCCCGGCUCAUUCCUGAUAGGCUGUUCUCAUCAUGAUAUUGGAACACUUGUAACUACUGUGUGUGUAUUUCUGCUAUCAUGUACAGUAUUCCGACAGAAUUACUUACUGAAUAAAAAACAUUUCAAUUGAA